AUGGGUCGCAAGCAGCCUCCUCCGCGCGGUCGCGGCGCCAAGCGUCAGGGCAUCGCAGCACAGGCUCUUCGUGGUGGAAAGAGCCAAAUUGGCCAGCAGAACCGUACAGCUCCCAAGAAGAUUGUGGGUAAACAGCAGAACGCUCAGAAGCUGCAACAAAAACGCGAGCAGCUUCGCAGCCAGCAGGUCGGACGCAACCGCGGGGUCAUCUCCGGGAGUCUAGCAGAGCUGGCGGGUCGUGCUGCCCAGAGUUCGCAGCAGUUUGAACAUAAUCAGACCCAGCAGACACAGAAUCAGACACAAGAUGAGCUGGUCAUUAACGAUGCAAGUCGCCGCGCAUACAUGAAGGAGCUUCGGAAGGUGGUUGACAAGGCCGACGUCAUCCUCGAGGUGCUUGACGCCCGCGACCCCAUGGGCUGCCGUACGCUCGACAUGGAAGACGCUAUCGGUAAUCGCCACGGCAAGAAGCUGGUACUUGUGCUCAACAAAGUGGAUCUGGUGCCUCCGCAUGUGCUGCAGCCUUGGCUCAAAUAUUUGCGGGGCUUCUACCCCACUGUGGCCUUCAAGGCAUCCACACAGAAUCAGUCCAAACACCUCAGUGCCAACUUUGGACGGGCAGACAAAGCGGCGGGUGAGGCUGUCAGUGGCAGCAAAGCCGUAGGCACAGACGCGCUCAUGCAGCUGCUCAAGAACUACUGCCGCAGUCACGGUGUCAAGACGGCGAUUACGGUUGGAGUUAUUGGAUAUCCUAAUGUUGGCAAGAGCUCAGUGAUUAACUCGCUCAAACGUAGCAAGGCCGCUAGUGUGUCAAGCACAGCAGGGCACACUAAGGUCAUGCAGGAGGUGCAUAUCGAUAGUAAGAUCAAGUUGCUGGACUGCCCCGGUAUCGUGUUCGACCACUCGGACUCGAGCGCGCUGCUACUGCGUAACUGCAUCAACACGGAAUCGAUGGCGGAUCCCGUUGGAGCAGUGCAAGUUUUGCUGACGCGCUGCCAGCCGGAACAACUGGCAGAGCUUUACCAAUUGCCAGUGGACACAGUCUCCAAGUGUUUCCAGGAUGCGGUUCAGUUUUUGGUGCUUGUGGCGCAGUCCAAGGGAAAACUGGGCAAGGGAGGAAUCCCCGACCGUCAGGCGGCUGCUCGCAUUGUGCUGCAGGACUGGAACCGAGGCAAACUGCCAUACUUCACUCCGCCUCCGGACCAGAGCGUUCAGGUGCUGGACACGCAGCUGGUGACGUCGUUCGGACAGGAAUUUAACGUCGCCGACGAGGAUUUGAACCCGACGAGCAUCUUCCUGCCAGACGCUGACGCUUCCAAGGGCGCUAUUAGCGGUCCGCAGUGCUCCAUUCCCGUGGCUUCUACCAGUAGUGGCGACGUGACGAUGGGGCCCGAUGCCACGGCAACUGAGCCUUUGCCCGCCUCCGCUCGCAUGAGCCAAAUGCUGGGCGAUAGCGACUCGGACUCGGAUUCGGACAUGGAAUCCGACACGGAGAUGGUCGACGAUGGAGCAGACUUCACGUUCCCCCAGGCUGCUCUGUCAACGCAGGAGCUGGCGGCCAAGUUGGCACAGGACGCUCUGAACCCGCAGACAGCUCUGGCCGCUCGACGGAAGGCCAAACAGUGGCGCAAGCUCAAACGUCGUGCCGCUCGCCAGCAAUUGGGCUCAGAGGCCGAGAACUUGUUUAGCGAACAGUUUGGCAACAUCGUUGGCAUCGCGCCUCCUACAUUCGCAAGCCCCUUUACGACGCAGUAG